UAGAGGAAAAUCAACUGGAGGGCAGAGGUCAGUAAAACAUUGGUUGUUGACUUUUUGAUACAGCAAUCGUAUGCGAAAAGAACGGUUUAGCCUUACCGCAUUCUAACCUGAUUGUGAAGUCUUGUUCUUCUGACACAUCUUAAUAAACGUUCAAUUUGGAAUAAACAAUUUAAGAAGACGAGAGAGAAAAGUAAGGAUUAUCAUACAAUGUUGUUGACCUGGGAAGAGAAAGUGCAGUUCGUGCGGGAGUAUUACGAGGAACAGGGUUAUCGCGUGCAUUCUGGAUUGCAAUUCGGAGCGGAGCUUGUCUUGUAUGCCGAUCGUCCAGAUCUUGUGCAUUCAGACUUUUGCAUUCAUGUCACACGCGAUGACGAGUGGAUUGACUGGAGAGAAAUGCAAACUCUUGUGCGCUCGAUGCCCGACCUACAUAAAACACUUGUACUGGCAAACGUAAAGGGAAUCGACGUUGAUAAACCCUACGUCGAGGAACUCGCGAUUACCACAGAACAUGCUCCAUUUCGACACCGUCCGAAGACGAUCGAAGUGGGCGGUCAAAAGAAAAAGSCUCGCAAUGAAUUUCAGAACUAAGAAAAAUAGACUUAGACCAUCUGG